AUGCGCAACAUCAGAAAUGCGCGCUUUGUGUGCGUUUUAGUGAAUGGCGUGUUUAAUACGCGAACAUUCUCUGCUGGUUUGAGCACUUCAUUCAUGCCUUUUCCCUCCCUCUCCAGUUUAAAGCCGCCCUCCCUGCGCAUCUCUGGGCUAAUCGGACUGCGCACUGAUCGCACAGCUUCAGCACAGAUCCAGUUCGAAACCCAGAAACCCGGAAACGCAUGCAGCAGACCAGCAAAUGACAAGAAAAGAAAAUUCAUUAACUCUGACCUGGCUUUGGACACUGAGGAGCUUUUCCAAGAUCUUAGCCAACUUCAAGAGACAUGGCUAGCAGAAGCCCAAGUUCCGGACAAUGAUGAGCAGUUUGUUCCCGACUUUCAAAGUGAAAACUUGGCAUUCCACGGGCUGCAGUUCAGAAUCAAGCGAGAGCCCCACAGCCCCUGCACCAAUCUGGGUUCAGCCUGCAGUCAGGAGAGGCCCUUCAAACUUCACUAUGGAGAGAAGUGCCUGUACAACAUCAGUGCCUACGAGCAUAAACAUCCAGCAGGAAUGAAGGGCUCCAGUCCAGUCACUACACCCUGCAGCACACCUGUAUCCCCUCAUCAGCAUGGAUCUCCCAGUGCUGCUCUCACCCCUAAACCAGACAGAACAUACUCCCACCUCAACCCCCCACAGCCCCUCCCUGACACCACCUACAACCUCGACCACAGAUUUCGACGGCAGCUGUCAGAGCCUUGUCAUUCGUUUCCUUCACCCGCCUCAAUGGUGCGAGAUGGGCGUCCCAUGUAUCACAGACAGAUGUCUGAACCCAGCAUCCCGUUCCAGUCUCAAGGGUUUAAGCAGGAAUACUCAGACCCUCUUUUCGAGCAUCCGCUCAUGGUAGGGGCACCCCUGCCUCAGUCGUACCCCCCCUCUAUGAUGAUCAAGCAAGAGCCACGAGAUUUCACCUACGAUUCAGAAGUGCCAGGCUGCCAUUCUGUGUACCUAAGACAGGAGGGGUAUCAUCUGCCUCAUCCAAACAGAAGUGAAGGUUGCAUGUUCGAAAAAGCUUCCAGGCACUUCUAUGACGACACGUGUGUGGUACCAGAAAAAGCUGAAGGUGAUAUUAAACAGGAAGCUGGACUUUUCCGUGAGGGUCCAAGCUAUCAGAGACGAGGGUCACUACAGCUUUGGCAGUUUCUGGUCGCUUUGUUGGACGACCCCUCCAACUCCCACUUCAUUGCCUGGACUGGUCGAGGAAUGGAGUUCAAACUGAUUGAACCAGAGGAGGUGGCUCGGCGUUGGGGGCUCCAGAAGAAUCGGCCCGCCAUGAACUACGACAAACUCAGCCGCUCAUUACGCUACUACUACGAGAAAGGAAUCAUGCAGAAGGUGGCAGGUGAAAGAUAUGUGUAUAAAUUUGUGUGCGACCCUGAGGCCUUGUUCUCUAUGGCCUUUCCUGACAAUCAGCGGCCCGUAUUGAAGACCGACAUGGAGCGGCAGAUCAACGAGGAGGAAACCGUACCACUUUCGCACUAUGACGAGAGCGUAGCGUAUGUCCAGGAUGGAGCCUAUUGCAACCCACACCCUUACAGCGAAGGCUACGUCUACUAACGUACAGGUGCAGCGUGCAGCCAGCAGACUCUGCCACACGGUCUCACCACUGCAAAUUCAUAAGAAUUCCUAACAGUCGACUGGUAUGAAAAGUUAUGAACACUUAAAGAUUUCAGUCAUCAGUGCCGCCUGCGAUCGUAGCUUUUCCUACAACUUAAUUUAAGAAAUCCAGUCUGGGAUAUAAUUCCUAUGAAUUUUAUGUGAGACUUUGAGCUGUUAAGGCUUCUCCUGAUUCCUUGGUAUGGUCUGAGGUCUCCCAUUGUUACCUGGGACAAAGAGUGCACUUUAUGGACAGAGACGAGCAGUGUGUAAACCUACUGGUCUAGUAACCCUAGUUGCUCCGUUGAUGUUUAUUCCUUUGAUUUUUCGAUAAAAGUAAGGAUUUUGAGCAUGCCAUGUUCACACAGGGCAAACUCUAAAGGCCUGUUUCUGGAAUAUGUGUUCAUUUGUGCUCAAUUAUUCCCAUCGCCCAUCAACUUGGUGCAAAUAAUAAUUUAGUUUGAAUUUGGAUAAAAAAACAAAAAAACAACACCCAUUCACUCAUCACAGUGAAAUCGAAGAAGCACACAUUUCUAUCAAGUACCAAUUCAAUAUGGCCUGUAUUCACAGAUUCUUCAUGCAAUGUUGUUUAGAUUUUAAGAUCAUUUUUAGCUCACAGGCAAAAACAUUUAACAUUAAAGGUGAGCAUA